AUGUAUUCAGGACGGGCUCCGCAGGGCCCAUCACAAAUCGAUUUUAGUAUAAUCGAAUUCUGUGAUCGAAUUAAAAAAGAAUUUGGACUACUACAAGCACAAUGUCAGAGUUUGAAAUUUGAUUGUGAAAAAUUAGCACAAGAAAAAUUAGAUGUUCAUCGCCAAUAUAUAAUGCAACAGAUGCAUCAAGGAGCAGGAUUUCCUCAUGCACAUGCACAAGCACAUCUCGCAGCUCUUGGAGCUCAUCCCGCUAAUGCUUAUGGUUUACAAACACCUGGAAAUAGUUUACCACCAGGAUUAUUAACAUUGAACUCUGUCGCAGGUGGAUUAGCAGCUGCACAACACGCAUUUCUUAAAGAAGAAAAAGAUAAUAGUGAACGAGAAAAAUCAGUAGUUAGUUUUGAGAAAAAGGAUAGUGAAGGAGAAAAAAGUGAUGGUGAUUUAGUUGUUGAUGAUGCAAAUGAAAAUGAGAGACAACCUGUGAAUGGUGUAAGAUCACCGCAUGAAAACGGAGAAUCAACUAAAACAUCUACAUCAAGAAAAUUAGAUGAAAAUAGUCAUAGUCCACACAGCGAUAAUGGAUCUGCUAGAAGUACACCAUCGGUAAAGGGUAGUGAAAAAAGUGGCUCAAUUCCGUGUAGUAAAUCGUUGCAUUUAAAUAAUCGUGGAAGUGUAAGACAUCCACCAAAAUUACCUGGUUUUCCCUAUGAAUUUGUUUCUGAUAAUUUGACAUUCGCUGGCCAAUUAUUAAACUCGGCCAAUGCGUUGACAGCCGCAUUUGGACCAGCAGCAGCUGCUCGUGCUUCAUCUCUUUCUACAUUGAACGAUUUAUAUUCUGCAAUGCGUGUACCACCUUCUUCAUCAUCAAAUGCCACAGGAACUGGUAACAAUUUCGAGCGUGGUGGUAAAAGUCAUUAUGCAUUUCAUACAGAUUCGGAUCCUAGCCAAUUUCAACCAUGUAAUUUUCCAUCUGAUGCAUUCGACGGUGUAGGUUUACCAAAACGAACACGUACGCUAAACACACUAGUACAUGGUGAUGUUGUUUGUGCUGUUACAAUAUCGGAAUCAACAAAACACAUUUAUACGGGUGGCAAAGGAUGUGUUAAAGUAUGGGAUCUAAAAGAAAGUACUACAAAUUCAUUUGUAAAUAAACCCAUAGCACAAUUUGAAUGUUUGAAUCGUGAUAGUUAUAUUCGAUCAUGUAAAUUAUUACCAGAUGGACGAACACUUGUUGUUGGUGGAGAAGCACCAACAAUUUCCAUUUGGGAUUUAAACGUUUCUUCUUCAACGCCAAAUGGUACAACAACUGGCAGUAAUUCUAAUUCAUCAACAUCAAGCACAUCAUCGUCCACAUCACCCGUUGCUAGACUUAAAGGAGAAUUAUCAUCAAAAGCACAAGCUUGUUAUGCAUUAGCAAUUUCACAAGAUGGCAAAUUAUGUUUUAGUUGUUGUUCAGAUGGAAAUAUUAUUGUAUGGGAUAUUCAAAAUCAAUCAAUUGUUCGACAAUUUCAAGGUCAUAGCGACGGAGCUAGUUGCAUUGAUUUAUGUUUUGAUGGCACAAAAGUAUGGACUGGCGGUUUAGAUUCAACUGUACGAUGUUGGGAUGUACGCGAAGGCCGACAAUUACAACAAUACGAGUUUGAUUCACAAAUAUUUUCAUUAGGUUAUUGUCCAACAGGUGAUUGGUUAGCAGUUGGUAUGGAAAGUAAUUUAAUUGAUAUAUUAAAUGUUUCAAAACCAGAUAAAUAUCGUUUAACAUUACAUGAAAGUUGUGUAUUGUCAUUAAAAUUUGCACGAUCAGGAAAAUGGUUUAUUUCUACUGGAAAAGAUUCACAAAUAAUUGGAUGGAAAACUCCAUAUGGUGCAAAACUAUUUGAUAACAAAGAAAACUCAUCUGUGCUUAGUUGUGAUGUAUCAAGUGAUGAUAAAUACAUUGUUACUGGUAGUGGUGAUAAAAAAGCAACAUUAUAUGAAGUUGUUUAUGAACGAUAA